GAAAAGGACAAAUGUGACGUCACCACAGCCGGAACAGGACGUGGGUCACAGCGCAUGCGCCCAGUCUGCAGACACCACUCAAAGAUGAAGUCUCAGUCUGUGAGGACAGAAACGGUGAAGGACGGAGGAGAUGAGGAGGAAGGAAGGACUUUAGGAGCAAGAGGAGAAGGAGACAGAAAAGCCAUGAUAAGGAGACACGAGGAGGAAGAGGACAAAGAGGUCACCACACCAAAGAAGAGCGCGACUGACCAUGGUGUGAAGGUGGCGAGUCACUACAACAGGCUGCAGGAAGUUGGUCUGGCUGCUCGAAGUCAAAGCAGAAUCUUCUUCAUGAGGAACUUUAACAACUGGUUGAAGAGCGUCUUAAUCGGUGAGAUUGUGGACCAGGUGCGAGGGGCGGGGCAUCAGCAGGUGUCUGUUUUAGACCUUGGCUGUGGAAAAGGAGGAGACCUCCUGAAGUGGAGAAAAGGCGGAAUCGAUCACCUGGUCUGUGCAGAUAUUGCAGCAGUGUCAGUGGAGCAAUGUCAGAAUCGUUAUGAAGACAUGAAGAGGAAAGGUCACUUCAAAAUCUUCAGUGCUCAGUUUAUCGCCGCAGACUGCACCAAGGAGUUCCUGUCGGAGAAGUUUGACGACCCUGAGUUGACUUUCGACAUCUGCAGUUGUCAGUUUGUGUAUCAUUACUCGUUCGAGAGCGAGCAGAAAGCAGAUGUGAUGUUGAGGAACGCCUGCGAACGCCUCAAACCAGGAGGAUACUUCAUCGGCACGACGCCAGACGCCUUUGAACUUGUUAAACGUCUGGAGGCAUCGGACUCUUUGUCGUUUGGUAACGAGGUUUUUAAAGUCUCCUUUCAGUCGAAAGGUUCGUAUCCUCUGUUCGGGUGUCAGUAUCACUUCAGCCUCGAGGACGUCGUCGACGUCCCAGAAUUCCUUGUUUACUUUCCUCUACUUGAGCACAUGGCCAAGCGCUACAACAUGCGUCUGGUGAUGAAGAAGCGCUUCUCUGAGUUUGCAGAGGAGAAGGUGAAGAACGAGCAUCAUCGCAGUCUGAUGAUGAAGAUGACGGCUCUGGAGUCGUUUCCAUGUGAGGACGGAGCUCGUCAGGCCACAGACGACAGGACAGAGUACUGCCAUGCUAAAGAGCACUGCAGCAGGGCAGGAGUCAAACUACCACUGGGAACUCUGAGCAGAUCUGAGUGGGAAGCAACCAGUAUCUACCUGGUGUUUGUCUUUCAGAAAAUGUCCUGACUCCUCUGCUCCUACGUCGACCACCUUUUGUUUUUGUUGACCUGUUUUCUUUUUGAUUGUUAAGUGUUUACUGUUAAAAUGAAGAAGAAUACAUUUAAAGUUGUGGAAAUAAAAACUAAAGUGUC